CCUUGUCUCCUGUUUAUUUUGAGAAUUUGUGAUAAAAACCAUGGAAGAAAACGACUCUAAAAAUUUGUUUCGUAUCACUGGUAGGUAAGAAGAGGGAGGACAUAUGGGUUUAUUUAAUUCUUCAGUUAGUUAGUCGUCAAGAACAGUUACAAACUCAAAACUGACCGUGCCACUAACCGUGCCACCUCUGUCAGUGUCAUCAGUCAGUCAGUGUUUGGGCGAUGGAGAUGGAGUUGAAACUGUCCGCGGCAAAAUGCGGCAGCAACGAGUAGUUCCGGGAUCGUCCCAUCUUUGCAGAAUAAAAACAAUAAACAGACCACACUUCAGACACUGUGGCCAUUCUUCGCUUGAUCUGAAAGAGACGAGAAGUAACCAUGGAAACGCCCAGCACGAGUAAUGCGAGCAUCACAUCUAGUGGCGGUCUGGCCGAUGGAUGGGCGUGGUUUCAGCAACUGCUUCUACUACCGUUAGUGGCCACAACAUGCGCAGCUAUAUGGCUGCUGUUUAUUACGUACUAUCACUCCCGAUGGUGGGGGUUUGUGCUUACCAAGAUUGCCAAUCACUUCAUCAAAGAGGGACACAUCCAUAUAGGGUCAAUUUCAGUCUCGUUGCUGUCUGGUAAGCUGAUGUUCAGAGAUGUUACAUACAUCACAGUGGAUUAUGCAUGCAGGAUUCAAGAUGGUCUUCUGAUUCUUCGAUGGUGGAGGCAAUACCUUCAAGUUGGUGACCAGGACAAUUCUCAAGGGUUUGUGAACCGGGUGUACAUCCUUCUUAACGGUGUGGAGUUUCAUUGUUACAAUGUCGCUAGUGUCUAUAAUGACAUUGAGAAGUCCUUCCAGACAAGUAAGAGCACGACAGACUCUCAGGAUUCUUCAGACUCCAGUGGUAAACUGGGCAGGCCAGCUGCUUUGAACACCAGACCAACCGCCCUCGACUGGAGAGACUUCUUUGGCGUCAUCAAGUUUGACAUUCACACAGGUCGGAUUGUCUUCGGUAACCAGUUCGUACCAAGUGUGUUGAUUUUAAGCAUCGAGGACGCCCACGGCUCGUACACAACCAAUUCCCCGCUAGCUCCUUGGGAUUUCUUCAUGCAUGAGAUUUUGUGUGAAGCGGAACAAUUCAAGUUGAUCCUCGCACCAAGUCCGAAGUUUGAUGGUCCCACAGAUGAGCCACCGCGGUACAUGGGGGAAGGUUUUGUCGUGGUGCAGUCCAACACUCUAUAUCUGCAUUACUCACAAGAUGAAGCAGGCUACGUCCCACUACGGAGCGAUUGUGCUGCCGACGAACUGAUCCCUCCAUGCUGGGCGCUUGACGUCACGUGCGGUGCAGGAACAAAUAUAAGCUAUGGGCCUUGGGCAGACAGACAGAGGGAUGCACUGCAGAAGUUCUUCUUCCCACAGGCCUUCAAGACCCAUGAGGUCACCCCCAAAUCGAGGCCAGGCCAGAAGAGACAAUUCACAACCUUUGAGUUUAGACUCAACACUGUUGCCGAGGCAACCAUUGACAUCCUCUUCAGUAAAGACAAGGAGACCAACGCUGUCCAUAUUGACGUUGACAAGGCUUCAUAUGUGGAGGUCAGCAUUCCACUACUGGUGGGGUCAGAAGGUUACCACACGAGGGUCACAGGUCAACUUCUGCACGUAGACUCCUCUACCAGCAUGGAAUACCGGUCACUGAUUGAGAGUGAAACAUUGCAGUCAGCACUGAUCAAAUGUCUUCAGUAG